ACACACUGGCACUCCAAAUUUUCUCUCUUCAUCAGGUUGGGAUAUGAUGAAGAUCGCUUGCCUAUUACUGGCCCUUGUGGCCACAGCCCUUUCCGAAGAGAUCACGGAAGUAAUGGCGUCCUUGUUUUGACGAAUGACAACUUCAGACAAGCUACUACUGACAACGAAUUCGUCCUGGUUGAAUUUUAUACCCCCUGGUGCGGCCAUUGCAAAGCUUUGGCGCCAGAAUAUGAAAAGGCAGCUGCGAUACUCAAAGAAUCUGGCUCGAAAAUCAAAUUGGCCAAGGUUGAUGCAGCCGUUCAGUCUCAACUUGCACAGCAAUACAAAGUCCAGGGAUACCCAACCAUCAGAUUUUUCAGAAGUGGAAAUGAUAUUGAGUAUUCUGGUGGUCCUACUGGCCCUGACAUUGUCAACUGGUUGGAGGUGAAGACUGGCCCACCAUCCAAGGAUCUUGCCACUGCUGGCUAAGGAAUUCCAGGAGAAACAUGACAUGUGAUAAAAUUGAAUAGGCCUACCCUUGGUUCCUCCUUCUGUCGCUUUCCUAGUUGUACCUCCAAAAGAUUUUGCAUGGGCCAAUCAAAAUGAUACUUCUGGCCUUUCUUGCCCUUCCUCCUAGUGGUUGGGCUGACAGCAGCUGUUGCUUUAUUCACAGAUUGUGCUGCUUGUUCUGGUAGAGUAUCCAUUUUUAAACUGUCAGAUCAAUCGUUGAUCAUGAACAAAAUGGUAUGAUAUAUAGGACUAUGAACUAUGCCUAUAACAAAAUAAAUAUCUCCUGAAGCGUUCAACUGUGAGUGGCCUUUUGUUGGACUUGUGCAAUUAGGUAAAACCAAUAAAGUUUAUA